UUGCCGGAUAAACGGCCGCUUUUGCCGGGCGUUAAUUUUGAAAUUUACGCGCGUCGCAUCUUGUUUAAGUGUCUGUGACUUUUAUUUUGACGCUCUACUUAGGUGCUUACUUCAAAUUGUUCUGAUUAUUGUAAAGUCACGUGAUUUUCCGAGACGACGUAAAAACCCGCUUGAAUGGUUUGCCAACGUAAAAAACCAAGUCCUCCUAAUUUGUAACAUAUCCGAAGAGGCCUGGCCACGCACCAGCAUGUGCGACCCACCAUUAUUUCCCAGUCCCGCGUACCAAAACUAUGAAGAUUACGUCAAAGAAAUCCAGUACAGGAUCCAGUCGGAACACCCUGGAGAACAAUUCGCCGCCACUGGCAGCCCUUACGUGCUCUGCUCGAAAUUGCCCGAGCAUUGGCGGUCCAAUAAGACUUUACCGAUGGGGUUUAGGGUGGUUGCGGCUACCGAAGUUAUUGACGGUACCAAAGUGGUGGUUCAGGCGGGAAACGACGAAAAUUGCUGCGCGGAAAUGCGGAAUUAUAGUGCACUAAUGAAAAAUGGGGAAGCCAAAUUCAAUGAUUUGAGAUUUGUGGGACGCAGCGGUAGAGGCAAAUCCUUUACAAUCACCAUCACGAUAUUCACAACGCCGCCAGUGGUGGCCACUUAUCACAAAGCGAUUAAAGUGACCGUGGACGGACCCAGGGAACCUCGUUCAAAAACAGUGAGCCAUGGACACUCUUAUCCGACAAUCAAUGCUUUGCCAAUGAGACGGUCUUUCGGUCUGGACAGUGCAUUCGGACAUCUCGGUUCGUUUAAAAGCAAAAGGACGUCGCCGAAUAGCAGUAAUGGAUCGCAAGGAUCUUACAAACAAGAACCGCAAGAAAAUCCCAACAGUGGCUGCUCGACGAUCCAUUACACACCAAACUCUUGGCCGGAUUGCGGGGGCGGCAGUUACGCCACCUACAGCUCCUCGAAUUUUUACGAUACGCCGCCCCCGCACCAAGACGUUACGAAUAUGCACAUACCGACAACAGUUUUAUCCGAUAGUGGCGCCAUCUCUUCCACCACCACCGAAUUCCUCAACUCGUCCCUAACGCGAAACUCACCGCCCACUUUCGUCGGCAUCUCUCACAAGCCCGACCUGAUGGACUCUGCAUUGCCGACCGGUCGCAGCUACCACCAAGAAGCCCCCUACUGCCCGAACAGUUGGGGGGCGGCCGCCUACCAUUCCGCCCCCUACAACAACAACUACUACAACGCCACCUACAACCAUCAGCAUUUCAACGCACCGCCGCCUCCGACAGGCCCAUCGGCCGCCGCUGUCGUGUAUCCUGCCGCCAUCAUUUCGACGGUCAAUCAAAAUCAAAUUCAUUUUCACUUGCACAGCGAUCUUAGGAAUGACUUUUUUAUGAGCGAAAGUUCGGAUUUAGUUGCCAGCAGGCAAGAGCUGGCAACUGUGCCUGCUAGUAGUACUAGUGAGGUGAAUUCAGUUUUACAGGAAACUGCUAGAGAGGAAAAUAAUGUUGUCGGACAGGAUCCUGCUAAUGUUUGGAGGCCCUAUUAAUUGAUUUUGUUCCAAAUCAAUAUUAAAAUUCAAAGAAACAAUAAAAUAUUGAUUGGAAUAUAAAUAUACCUAUUAUUAUUUAUAUUUUUCUUUUAUAUUAAACUAUUUUAAAUUUAAGGCCAGUUUAUUCAUCUUCAGGUAACUGUCUGCAAGAUAAGUUUACCGUUCAAUACUUCUAUUGGUCGGCGGAUAACAGCCCGACAGAUUGCGUUUUUAUCCUUCAGAUUGCAUACCUGACAGUUAAUCAGAAGGUGACUAAACUGGCCCUUAAUACUAUAAUGUAUAAAUUGUAAAUUGUUUUUAAUUUUUUUUCUUAUUAUUAUUUCAUCAAAAAUUGUUGUAAAUAAACAUUUUAAGCAAAUUAA